AUGGCCCGCUCUUUCGAAAAUUUGAAUGGGAACCAAGACAAGUGGCGUCGGAUUUUAAAGACUUUGAUCCUGUUAGAGUAUUUGAUCAAGAACGGCAGCGACAGCAUCGCCGAUGAAUUGCGCGGGGAGCAGUUGACCUUCCGCCGACUUGCGAACUUCCAGUGCAAGGAUGAAGGCCAAGAUCGAGGCAGCGGCGUCCGAGAGAAGGCUGAAGCACUCGUCAAGCUCCUGAAUGACAAGGACUUCCUGAAGCUCGAACGGGAGCAGGCGAAGCUGCACCACACCAAAUUGACGGGCAGCGGACCGACCGCUAUUGUGGGCGGGCGCGGUAGCCAAUCCACGACUUCAACUUCAUCUGUCAGUUCAGUCCUGGGUGAUGCCCUGAACGA